UAAAAGCCAUUACGUAAAUAUACCAACCAGUUAUUCGUACCGGGAAUUUUUUCCGUUCCAGCGCGCCAGGCGCCGAACUAUCUACAGCCUCCUCAAAACACACUUUGAGCUUGCUUUAUUUACAAAUAAGAGUUCCACUAAAAUCAGAACAAAAAUAAGAGAGAAAAAGGUAGCCUGCAAAAAUAUAAAAAAAACUUAGGUCAGGAUUAUACCAAUUUGAACUGAGGAAAUGAAUGGAAUGACAACGUAGCUCGCAAAAAUUUAAAGUCCGGAUUACCAAUUUCAAUUGAGGAAAUGAGUAAAUCAGACUUCGUUUUAUCGCCAAUUUUCCCAUCGUUUGAACUGAUCGAAAUGUGAAAGUUACCACCAAAUCCCCCGAUAACUCGACGUGUUUACAGCUCUAAAAAAGUUAUAUUGCAGAACGUAUUACAGAUGUGGAAGCUUGAUGUCGAAGUUGAUCUUACGUUAUUUCCAUUCUCAAUUUAUACCUAAUCGUUCACCGAUAUUGUGUAUAUUCCAACCUUUUCAAUAUAUUAAAAAUUAUAUAACAGAAUUGAUUACAGCCCAGGUAUUUGAUUUUAUGUUUGAGGUGCAGUGGCUAAAUUUUAUUGACAAACAUUUUAAGUCUCUGCAAUUGCCUUACAAAUUUACUCGCGAAACUGCCAAUCUUUGAUUUUUUGUAUCAACUUACACGCUUUAUGUUUCGAUCUUUUUAAAAUUUAUUCGAGUUUUACAAUGGAGUAGUAAAAAUGGAUAUUAUUUCAAACUUUUUGAUGUUUCUUUCCGCGAUUUUGUUUACUUCCUCGAUCUUUAAAUCAGUCAAUUGUGACUCGCAGCUGUUCCUUAAUGUUACCACAAUGCCGAGAGCCGACACUCUCUGGCGAGACUCGGCCGAGGAGCCGAGUAGCUCGCGCGGAUUUAAAAUCAUGCCCAAGUUCAUGUUCGACUCGGCAGUGGGAACAGACAAUUCCGAGGAGAUCAAAAAGAGUGUUGAAAAGUUGGUCAACGACGCUGUGGAGUUCUAUAAGAGUGUGAUGAGCCUGAAGAAUCCGGUGAAAAAAGAAGGCAUUUUGCUGUCGAGAACUUGCGAAUACACUAAUGGAAAAGGUCCAAUUUAUGCCAGUAUAGAUCCUAUAGUAUCUGCUUGUCCUCAAAGGUGUGGUGCCAAGACCUUCUGUGGACCUCGCAUCGAGAUCCCAACCCACAUGAUGUCCGAUUGCAUGGAACAGUACUUCGAGGACCAAAUUCUAACCCUGGAACCUUACGACGAAAACCCGAACGAAGACCCUCAGCCGAGUGAUGCCGACUUUGUGUUGUUCGUAGACGUAGUCAAAGACCCUUCGAGUCGUUUCGUAGUCUCGGAGAAUGCCUUCUGUCAACUGGAUUUGACAACUUAUCGACCAAUUGCGGGUUUUUUGAGCUUCAAUGUUUUGGCGCUGGAGGAGGGGUCGAUGAACUAUGACAUCAUGCUCGCCCAGGUCAAACAUAGUCUGUGUCACAUGUUGGGCUUUUCUCUAAAUAUAAUCGGGCUGAGCCCGACUGUAAAUGGAUUCUCCUAUGAGAAGUACCCUGAGACGAACGAAGAACGUCUCCCGUGGGAAAGACUGAAUACCAACCCUUACUUCUUCCUUCCUUCUAGCCAAAUUUACAACUCAAAGAUUGUAGACAACAAACGAGUCUACCAACUCACCACCCCCAAGCUUCUAGAAGUUUCUAGAUCUUACUUCGGUUGUGACAAGAUUCAGUUCAUAGAACUUGAGGACCAGAACGACAUAGACCCAAGAAACUUCAGAAACCAGAAGAUUCCUGGAAACCAGAAGAUUCCUGGAAACCACUGGGAGCAGAGAUUCCUCCCCGAAGAAAUCAUGUCAAUGAGUAUAUUUGACCAGACUUUGCCAACCAAUUUCAAGCCUAAAUUUUCAACUUUCACUAUGGCGUUAUUCGAAGAUCUCGGUUGGUAUGUUCCCAAUUACGAUCUAGCAGAACCAAUGACAUUUGGAAAAAACGCUGGAUGCAAAAUUUUGGAAGAGAAAAGUUGCCCUGAGUUAACCAAAUUUUACCCAGAAAAUUUCUGUUCCCCACAAGAUUUUAAAAACAGAGUAAAUUAUAGGAAAUGUACAGACAACAAAAGAGCACAAGUUCAAUGUCAGUUGAGAUUUUAUGAAUCAGAUGUGGAACACAAUUUUACCCGUUUUGGAAACGAGAAAGUAGCCGGAAGCUUUUACUCUGACUAUUGCCCGAUUCUAGGACCCAGCGAAGACAUUUGUUCCUGGGCGGAACAGAACUAUAUCGAUAAAUUGGAAAAACAACCAUUAGAAGUAAAUAUUCGGUGUGUUGAGUCUCCUGAAAUCACUUCAGAAUGCGAAGCUUUAAGAAACGACCACGAAGUUUUUUCACAAAAGAUCAAAAGUUCUUGCGAGACGGUUUUGUGCUUUGGCAAUUCGUAUCAGAUCCCAAGUUUGCAGGCGACUUGCGAUCAUGAUAGGGAAACCGUUUUGAUUGGCGGAAAUUCCGACUGUCCUACGAGAUAUUUCACGUGUCCACCGUGUGAGCAGAUGUGCUCGAAUUGUUCUUUUGCAAAACAACUAGAUAUCACUUCCUCGUGCGUGUCUACUGCGAAUGUAAUUUUAUUGUUUUUAAUUGUGCAUGCUUUCAACAAAGUUUUUAUUUUAUAAUUCACCA